AUGCCAAAUUGCGCUUUUUACAAUUGCUUUCAUAGUAGACGGUAUAAAGAUGUAAGUUUAUUUCAAAUUCCUGUGCCUCGUUCUUCAGAUAGCGAGUUUACUUCGCAAAGAAAGCAAGAAGCGAGAAAGGGUUGGAUAGGCGCCAUAUUGCAUACAAUACAGCUGGAUGCCGAUUUAAAAAAGCAAAUAGAAAACAACAGUAUAUAUAUUUGCGAAAUUCAUUUUAAGGAUGAGUAUAUUGAACGUUUUGCUAAAAGAAAAUCCCUUGAAACAGGCUCAAUACCAACGGAAAACCUUCCAAAGAAAAGCUUAGAUAAUAUUGGUGCAAGUUCAAAUGCUGAUACAUCCAGGAAGGAACCUGCUGAAAGGCAUGUUACUGAACAAGUGGUUUAUUCUUCUCUUGCUAACCUUGAUAGCUACUUGAAAAAAGCUGGUGGGUAUCCUUAUUUUAGUGGUUGGGGAUGGCACAGGGUAUCAAACACAACUGUUAUAGAGUUUAAAGAAAGUGGAUUUUUAAUUGCAAAAUUCUCUGUACUUGUUGACAACAGUUUAAAAUACACUGUUCUUGUUUAUGGUUGGGCACUGCCAGAUGAUCAUUGCAUCUACACUUUGGAUGGGCGAUCCAUGCAGUACUGUAGCAUUAAGACACUUUGUGGCAAAAUCAUAUGA